CAAUUAACUUUUAACUGCUUUAUCUGUUUUAAAGUUUGAGAAGAUUUAAAAUCUAAAUAGGUUUUGUGAGAAGAAUUCCUUUGUACCUAACUGUUCAGGGUUUUUAACCUUAGCAUUUGACGUUCAAUUUCAAGUAUUUGCACAUAAAAGUGCCGACUGUCGGUUGUAGAAGUAGAUAAUGAUAUUGAUUUUAUCAGUUUUAAAGAUCUUCACUUGAUGUUUUUAAAUAUUUUUUUUUUAUCAUUUCUGUAUCUGUAUUAAUAAUGGAAGAGCAGUAGAAAUGAAGGAAAUAUAUACUAGGUUUUUUUUUUUCAGUUGAAAAUUAAAGACAGAUAUUUUGAAAAAGGCUGCUCUGCUAACAAAACUUUUGGGGAAAAAACAUUGGGUCCAGUAUGUAGACAUAAGUAUCCGAUAUAUGGCCUACACAAGUGGUAUACAGAGUGAUUGUUUGAGGAUAUAAAGAUCUAGUUUGUAUUGUAAACUAUUAUCCCUCUGACAGGUGCUAACCCACAGUAUAUAUGAACUCUUUUGUUUUACCUCGGAUCCCUAUACAUUGUAGUAACUCAUAAUGUCAGCUCUUUGUGUGUGUGGGAAUGUAGUCCAGCGAGACACAAAUCGUAAAGAUUGUAUAUAUUGCAGUUGUGUCUAAUUUGGCAAUGUUUGGUUACAAUUGCCCCAAAUAGUAGGGAGGCUAUUGGUAUGAAGAAAUUCACAUUGUUAUGAUUUUGGCUGACCAGGAAUAUUAUUGUUUUGACUGCCAUUUUGAUUUUCCUUGAGAUUUAAGUUUUUUAAUCACCAAUCUGCAAGCAGCAAUAUUAUGAAGCCAAAACAUGUUACUGGUAUCUUAGGGGGUUUCAAGUUCUGCAGUUUUUUGUGUGUACAUCUACAGAACUACUCUUGUGAAAUAUAGGUCACACUGACCUUUUUUCAGAUGUUUUCAUCUAAAUACCACAGCCUUAAAAAAAACCUUACAAACAAAAUAAGAAAUAGGCACACUUACCAGUUUCAAAUGCAUUAUCAACAAAUUGGGGCAUUUGGUCAAUUGGCACACAAAAUAUUUACCAUAAAAACAAUACAGAAAAAAUCUGCAAUUUGGUAUUGUUGCAAUUGGCAAACAAGGAUCCUCAAGGCAUCUCUCCUCUCAUCCUCAUCCUCUUCAGUGGGGUCCAUGUUACCUCCAGAUCUCGUCACCAGGUGGUUUCCCCCCCACCUUCCUCCAGUGGUGUCCCUCCAGAUCUCGUCACCAGGUGGUUCCUCCCCACCUUCCUCUCCAGUGGUGUCCCUCCAGAUCUCGUCACCAGGUGGUUCCUCCCCACCUUCCUCUCCAGUGGUGUCCCUCCAGAUCUCGUCACCAGGUGGUUCCUCCCCACCUUCCUCUCCAGUGGUGUCCCUCCAGAUCUCGUCACCAGGUGGUUCCUCCCCACCUUCCUCUCCAGUGGUGUCCCUCCAGAUCUCGUCACCAGGUGGUUCCUCCCCACCUUCCUCUCCAGUGGUGUCCCUCCAGAUCUCGUCACCAGGUGGUUCCUCCCCACCAUCCUCUCCAGUGGUGUCCCUCCAGAUCUUGUCACCAGCUGGUUCCUCCCCACCUUCCUCUCCAGUGGGGUCCAUGUUACCUCCAGAUCUCGUCACCAGGUGGUUCCUCCCCACCUUCCUCUCCAGUGGUGUCCCUCCAGAUCUCGUCACCAGGUGGUUCCUCCCCACCUUCCUCUCCAGUAGUGUCCCUCCAGAUCUCGUCACUAGGUGGUUCCUACCCAACUUCCUCUCCAGUGGUGUCCCUCCAGAUCUCGUCACCAGGUGGUUCCUCCCCACCUUCCUCUCCAGUGGUGUCCCUCCAGAUCUCGUCACCAGGUGGUUCCUCCCCACCUUCCUCUCUAGUGGUGUCCCUCCAGAUCUCGUCACCAGGUGGUUCUGUCUUACCUUCCUCUCCAGUGGUGUCCCUCCAGAUCUCGUCACCAGGUGGUUCCUCCCCACCUUCCUCUCCAGUGAUGUCCCUCCAGAUCUCGUCACCAGGUGGUUCCUCCCCACCUUCCUCUCCAGUGGUAUCCCUCAAGAUCUCGUCACCAGGUGGUUCCUCCCCACCUUCCUCUCCAGUGGGGUCCCUCCAGAUAUCGUCACUAGGUGGUUUCUCCCCCUCUGUCUCCUCUCUCUUGGAACCAAUAAGGAAGUAAAGAGGGAUAGAGGUGUAUCAAUGCUUUAAAUACAUUACGACUAAAUAGUAGAUUCCAUUUCUAAGAAAUUAAUUUUACAGAGACAAAUUGAAGGCUCUUAUAGGGCUUAACGUCAGAUAUCUUAGUUUAGUGUUAAUACUCACUGACUUUCUGUAGAUCUGUUCAGCCAAGCAGCCACCGUUAGUACCCUGGCUAGUGGUCACACAUUAAUGUGGCAUGUCCGUCUUGUUGACCAUCAUGUCCGUCUUGUUGACCAUCAUGUCCAUCUUGUUGACUAUCAUGUCCAUCUUGUUGACCAUCAUGUCCAUCUUGUUGACCAUCAAGUACAUCUUGUUGACCAUCAUGUCCAUCUUGUUGACUAUCAUGUCCAUCUUGUUGACCAUCAUGUCCAUCUUGUUGACUAUCAUGUCCAUCUUGUUGACCAUCAUGUCCAUCUUGUUGACCAUCCAGGGUAUAAACCAUACAGACAGAUCCUCAGUAUUGUGACAGGAUUUAUUCAGUGAUCAGACAGAAAACCAGACAAUAAUGUUAUAUAAUGUGUUACAACACAACUGACAUCUGGUCAUAAUUUGAAAUCCUGAAUUUUACGUGUUUGAGGAUAAAUACGGUACAAAACUUUAACACUAAAAGAAGGGGCUUGCUUGAGGAUGAAUAUGGUACUAAACUUUUACACUAUUUACACUAGAGGAAGGGGAGGGGGGAGUUUGUUUGAGGAUAAAUACAGUACUAAACUUUUAUUCUUUGUACAUGUGUAUGAUUGUUAUAUCCAUUUAUUAUGGUCCUAUGUAGUAACAUCUUUUCU